AUGUCCAGCCGCAAGCCUGCCAAAAAGAGCCACAAAGACUCUCCUUUGGUGGCUGACAUGCUUACCUCGCAGAGGCAUACCGCACAAGGUGCGCCCAUGUACUCGAGUCCCAGCGACAUGGAAACCACUUGCCCUGCUAUCACGCUGGGUAUUCCCUCGGAGGCCUCUUGCAUCCUUUAUUCCCUGGCAGAGGUAAAUGGGAUUCUGGCGGCUGAAAUUGCGCACACAGAAGCGGAAGUGAAGGAGGAGGUAACCGCAUUGGAGCCCGCACCACGGUAAUUGAACAGCGCAUGGCUCGUAUAGUUUCGGACCAUAAUGGAACCGCAACACUUACCAACACCCUCCGGCACAGAAUCACAGAUUUGGAAAUAGAAGUGGAAGAUGUCUCUAACAGGUCCCGGCGCAAUAAUCUGCUCCGCGGCCUACAUGAAACAGUGGGAGAAGCGGAUUUGGAAUCUUUGAGUAUUGUGAGAAUCGUGAGUUUUUGCCAAAGCCUGCCGGACAUCCCCGAACACCUUUGGCUCGUUGACAGAGGCCCAAAAAACAGCCCUCCCAGGGAUGUCAUCAUGAAGUGGCAUUACUUCAAAAUUAAAGAGGCCAUAUUAUGAAACAGCAGAACGCAACCCUACAGAUGGGACAGAACUGAACUACAAUUAUACCAAGAUGUCGCCACGGCUACGCUUCUUCACAGAUGGGAAUGGAAACCGAUCACUGAACUGCUAUGGCAAAAAGGAUAUCACAGUUACAGAUGACCUGCCACUACCGUCUAGCUGCUCAGAAACGCUGACACCUUUGCCUGACACCUGGGAAGACCGACACUUGAACCACAAACUCAUAAAUUCAUGCCUCGGAAAAUCCUGGAUAUCAGGCCGCACGCAAGCUAUUAUCUAA